CGCGACUGCCGCGAUAGUGCCACGCGUCGUACCCGCUCGUCAGUGUCGGCGUGCCGCGCUUGCAAUGUGUUCGGACAAAGUUUAUUCUGAUCUUAAAUAAAGUUUUUGUGAAAAUGGAGAAGCAAGUUUGGCCAAGCGGAUUUGCGAGUUGUCAUUUCUUCAAAAAUCCAACAUGGCAACUAUUCCUGCUUCUGUGGUCAACAAGCGCAGUGAUGAUGAGUUGCAGCGGGGCGGAGAUCACAUGUCCCGAAGAGUGCACUUGUCGCAGUACGUUCGACCGGGAGGCUGGCGCGGCCGUGCGAGUCUCCUGUACGCGCGGUCACAUGCGCCUCAUUCCUGUUGACUACAUCGACAGAAAUGCGAACGUCAUCAUAAUAGCUGCCCCACCCGAUAAACCAAACGAGCUUACCAUCGGUCCCAUUUUUACGCAACCUACACCAUUCGUCAACCUCAGAGAACUUCACAUCGUUAAUUCGAAUGUCCCAUCCAUAGGACAAUAUUCCUUUUGGGGGUUACAAAAUCUGAGGUUAAUAAACCUAACCUAUAAUAAUCUCACCAGUAUUGGAGCUGACAACUUCAGAGGCCUCAUAAAUCUCACCGACUUGUAUUUGGAUCAUAACAAAAUCGAACAAAUGCCGAGUGAGACAUUCAGGCAUUUAACCGCACUGAGAACAUUGACAUUAUCGAACAACGAAAUUAGCAUAUUGGUGCCGAGACUGUUCCGCAUGUUAGCGAAACUUUUAAUCUUGGACCUGAGUUACAAUCCGCUCGCUGAGCUGAAUCCAGAGGUAUUUAAGGAUAUUCAGCAUUUACGGAUCUUCAAGUGUAGAGGCUGCUUGCUGCGACGAAUUAAUACACAGAUUUACCAUCUAGUCGCGAAUUUGGAAGAAUUGGAUUUAGGCGAGAAUCAGUUCAAGUAUCUAACCUCCGACGAAUUCAUAAGUUUAAAACGACUUAAAAAGUUAAGGCUGGACGGUAAUCAACUGUCUGUCAUCGUAGACAACAUGUUUGGACGGAACCGCGAGCUGCGCGUGCUGUCGCUGGCGCACAACCGUCUCGCCCUGCUGGCGCCCGCCGCCCUCGCCAACCUCACCAACCUGACCCAUCUUGACAUCAGCCACAACAAGAUUGACCGCUUUCAUUUGCAAACUUUUGCUCCGGUUGUGGAUUGCUUAAAAACGAUCAAUUUCAGCGGAAAUAAUUUAGCUCUUAAUGAGAUUGCGAUUCUAUUGCAAAUUUUACCUGACAUCGAAGGUGUUGGUCUAGCGAAUCUAUCUCUCCCAGAAAUUCCACCUAACUUCUUCCUCUAUAAUGAGAGGCUCCUUGCUCUUGAUAUCUCAUGGAACAAAUUAACUACAUUUCCGUUCAAAUUGUUAACAAAAACAAAACUUCUUCAAAGACUUGAUGUAUCCCACAACAAACUGCAGACACUAGGUGAAAUGGACUUGCAAAGACUAGAAGCUAUUGCUCAAAUCAAUUUGAUAAAAAAUACUUGGCAUUGUGACAAGUGCUCAGCUGGCACAAUGCUAGUUUACAUGACUACGACUGUGCUUAACUCUACUCUACGUCAACUGAAAUGUUACUCCCCAUUACGUCUCCGGGGAGUGAGCUUCGCUGAGAUGUCAUUCGAUCGUCUCGACCCAUGUCCAAGUACUCACGAAGCGCAGAUGAGCGUGAUAGCUGGUCUCAUGCUGCUGUGCGUGGCCGUGCUGGCGGCGGUGGCGGGCGCGCUGUGCUGCACGCGGCGCCGCGCUGCGCACUACUACACCAACGAGGAGAAGCGGCGCGAGCAUGAGCACGAACACCCCGACGAGCUACUGAGCCAUACGGAGCUCGGCAGCGUGGCCACCAUCCACGCGCCCUAUCACCUGGUGCCUAAAGGUAGCUAGCGCCGUGCCCGCUCGCCUACUGAGCAGGCUUCCUGCCCGCAUCACUGCACUGUAGGCGCGACCAGAGUCCAGUUCGAAGUUCCCGUGCCACUGACCACUAUUUCAUCCCAAAGAUACAAGUACCCGACACACGGCUUCCCCGCACCCCCACCGAUGUUCGACACUAAUGAUAUCUGAUACGAGUACGAGGACGACUUAGUGUAAAGCCAAAGACUUUUGAGUGUUUUCUAUCUAAGUAGGUGUGUCUAUGUUCCCUUCUUAACUUAUGACUUAUGUAAUUUGACUAGUUAGGCCUCGUCUAUGAAAUUACCAAAAAUAUUUUUCUACAAGUGAAAAUUUUAUGUAUAUAUAGUGUUUAAACUUGCCUGAAACAGGUCUAGGCCAUAAGUAGCUUAUGAAUAUUAUAUGUAUGUAAGACUAAAUCAUUGUAUGGAUCAUAGCUUUGUACAUUGCUUUUUGAUGAAGCUUUAGCCGAAUCACUCACGUUACACGAACCGUACACUGAUUUUCACUUUAUCAAAUCGAUUACUUGUUCUCAUUACUGAUUCGAUGAGUUUACCUGUCGACUUUCACAAUUUGCAGCUAAUACGUAUAUGGCUUUUGUUCGACUAUGAAUGUAUAACUUAAAAUAUGAUUAAUUUCUUUCCCUUCUUUACGGUGUAUGUAGAAGGAUACUGCUUUAUUAUAUUUUGCACUAUCAUUACAUGUUUUUAGUUAUCAAAAGCGAGUGUUUGUUCAUUUUAUAAAAAUAACUACAAUGGGCUAUAUAUUCAGCUGAAGAGUUAAAAAUAAAAUCCUUCUCUAAAAAAGUUAUGAAAAGAAUAGCUUUCCUUUCAUAAACAGGGAAGUAAAGGUUCCCUCAUAUGCUAAUACUCGCCUUCAUCUUCGUUCCGGGAAUAUUUCAUCCUUUUUGACCUAUCCACAUAAUACGCUUAGCGCUGAUAUUUCGUGAAGGAGGAAAAACAUUUAAAAAAUCUGCAUCUGUUUAUAAAAAAUGGAAGAUGAACAUCUUUUUGUUCUGCCAAAGAAAAAAAUACUUUUGAAUUGGGGACGACACAAAACACAAAACAAACACUCUUUUUUGAAAAGGUUACCUUUUUGUUGAGCGGUAAAUGAGCAAUUCGGCUGUAGCAUAAUUAUUUUAUUCGACAGUGACGAACAUUAAAUAUACUCACAAUAUAAAACAGUCUCGAACACAAGAGCGUCAUAAUUACGAUACCCUUAUUGUUACCCAUGUACAAUUACCCUUUCUAUAUAUACCUAGGAUAAUUAAAUUAUCAUACAAUUUCCGAAUUCCAAAACAGUCGCCUACUUUCUAGAAACCUGCUUAUAAAAUUCAAUGCUCAUGAACGUAGUUUUUAUAUCUAUGUGAUGUUAAAAUUUAAUAGUAUGUAAGUUAUGAGUAAGUGUAAAAUAGUGGCAAAGUGCCAAAGAUAAUAUAUAACCAAAAAUAUUUAUAAUUAUAAUUAAACAUAUUAAUUUAAAAUGACAACGAUAGGUCGGCUUGUACCAGUCUCUAUCCAUUGUAGCCUUUAUUUAAUUACGAGCGCCAAAUUUUUGUGGCAUAAGCUUCAUUUAAUAUAAUGGAAUGUCACGGAUCACGCGCACAAAUAUGCAACUUACGUCACCAGCUCGAAUAGAGUACAAGGACUCUACGUAACUGCCAUUUGAAAGCAAUCAUUUUAGUUUAGUUUAAGAUCACUAAAUGGUUAAAACGGAAUUUUGUCAUACGUUAAGUUGCUACAAUUUCUUUUCUGUACAUACUUGGUUACCAAAUGACAAUUUUCAUCGUAGAUAAUAUUACCGCUGUAAAUACCUGCUACACAGUGAAGUACUUAUAAGCAUACUUACACAAUAGUUAUUAGGAUCACUAAUAGCCAAUGUAUAAACGGCAGCCUCAGUAAGUGCUAGCCGGCACUGCCAACCAUACAUUAGGCUGCCGUGACAACGCCCUAUAAAAGAACAAAAUGGUUUAUCUGAAUAGAUAUUAAAUACAAUAGUCACGAAAAAGGUUUUACAAAUAAGGUUAUAAUUAUGAUUAUUAGUAUAAACACAUUAUUAUAACACAAUACAGUAUUAUUAUUUAGAGGACCACUCCGACAAGGUUUGUAUUUAAGUAUAAUACUUAGUUACUCAGAAAUUAUCAUAUUGGAGCGCUAUGUGUGUUUAUCUAUAGGCAAUGCAUACUCGUAAUUAAUUAAGUCUUGUUUCCAUGUUGUUAGUGGUUUAUACUUUUUAGCAAUUAAGCUAUUUUUUAGGAAUAUAUUGCACAAAGUAUGACAUGGAAUAAAACUUGUAUUAUUCUAAUAUUUUACGUGCAUAUACAAUGACACAUUCGCAGCAAAAGAUUUAGAUAAGACUUGUCUAACGGGGACACGUACCUAAUUAGUCGACUACAGAUGUAUCAAAAUGUAUUAUAUUACAAAAUAGAUUCAGUUCCAAUAUGAUAAGAUUUGAAUGUUCGUGUUUAUAUUUAAAUUUAGUUUAAGUUAAUUUCCGAUGUAGUGUUGUGCGUAUUAUAAUUAUGUUGCUACAUUUAAAUCAUUUAUAUUUAAUUGAGUAUGUUGAUAAUAAUCAAUAUGCUCAUGUUAUGCGGAUUUCUUAUGAUAUUUCUUUCGGUGGUGCCGACUGAAAAUAAUGAUCUAUAGCUUAAGGACUUUUUUGAUUUGUAGUUCUACACUUUUAUGUAGUUUCUUCUUUCUGUAGUAUUUCAGAGUUGUGUGAAUGAAAGUGAGGCUCAUUAAUACAAUCAUUCAAUCUCUUUCAGCCCAUUCGAUUGGCCUAUAAAUAAUAUUUACAGAUUGGAAUUACAUGCAAUUCAGUAAUUAACUGAUAGCUCUCACAAUGAACCGUCUGAGAUAAAGUAAAAUCUGAGAUAUAAAAUGUUCUAGAAAAUCGACUCUUGUAUUUUAUUUGUACAGUUUAAAGAUAUUUAAUUCUUUAUUGAUAUACUUAAGUAUAAUUAUUGAUAUAAUUACAGACGUAUUAUAUGUUGUAGUUACAAAAAUACAACAAAAAUACAAAAAAAAUGUUGUUUUCGAUGUUUACUUAGGGUAAGGUACAUUUAUGUUUUUUUUUGGGCAGCGUGCACACAUAAGCCGUUGCCUAUGUAAGGGUAAAACACCAAGACGAUAGAUGUAAAUAAAAAAUAAAACAAAGAUAUAUUUUUCAAACAGAGUGAACUAUAAAAAAUAUAUUUUACAUAAAAAAAAAAACUAAACACAUGUAAAAAAAAGUUGCAAUAGGUAGGUUACUGGUCGUUCCAAUGCAAUGAUUAGGAGUAGUUACACCUACGGAGGAGUAUGGAUUCUUACCCAAAAUAUGAAAAUAAAGCCGUGUCACGCUUUCAUUGUUCGAAUACCAUAAAGUUCAAUACUUCACGGAUGAAUGGGUUGCGAAAGGAAUAGGAUUGACUGUAAAUAGUAUAUUGGAACAACUAUAAUUCAUUAAUGCAUGUCAUAAUCAUUAAUGUUAUUAUUAUCCAUAUUCAUAAUCUAUGUCUAUGUUAAUCGAUUUCAUAUUUUAUACAGAUUUUGUACAGGAAGGUGUGAGGGAUAUGUUGUUAUCAGGGGAAAUAUAAUAGCCACAUAACUAUUUAGCUGUAUCUGCUUGUAAAACACGUCGGGAAAAUGUAGAUGAUCUCAUAAAUGUGUAGUUUGUCCCUCGUUUGAUUGUACAGACUUUUUAAUUAAAUCCACUCUUACGAUUUACUUACAAUAGAUGAAAACUAAGAACACAUAAAAAAUAUACAAAAUAUAAUUAUAAAUUAUGGGUCAUCUUCAAGUGUGACAGGUACCCGAGGACAUCUAUGUUUAUGUACUUGUACACUUGCGGUAUACUUGAGGCCUCUGGCACGGGUUCAUUACAUGCCAAGCGUACACCGUAUACCUACGAUGUACCACAAAGUAAACUUUUUGGAAAUUCAACUUAGGGAGCGGUAUAAAGGGGACAAACCACUAACUACGCGCGUGGAGUCGCGGGCGAGUUCUAGUAAUAAUAUAUUCGGUACAAUGUUUACUUGUCAGGAACUUGUGUUAUGGGCAAAAUCUGUAUAGUUAUAUGAAAUAUUAAUCAUUAAGAUGUAAAUACAAAACAUUCACAAAAGGUAAUAAACACCAAUUAGUUUAUAAGAAAGGUUUAAUGAAAAACCGUUUAGUAUUAAUUAAUGACUUUAGUUAUUAUAGCGUUAUACAUAAUUUGUCGUUCGCUUCGAUAGUAUCCGCUUACAACUGUACUUUUUACCCCGGCUUGUAAUUCCCUGACAUAGGCUAUCAGUGUAAAGCUAUAAUAACUCGAGUUUCCGUAUACAAUAAGUCGAAUCUUUAUUUAUACUUGUCGGAGUGAUCCUUACUGUUUCUUUUUAAAUGUACAAUUGUACAUAGGUACAAUAUAAAAUAUGUACGUGCAAGAAAGUAAAAAAAAAUAAAAAAAUAAUUGUCAAUUUGUGUUGUAAUUACAUGUUUAGAAACAAUAUGUGGGGACAUGUUACAUUCUAAUUGAUGUAUUACUUAUUAGGUAUCUUUUUGAGAACUUCAACGUAUUGUAUGCUUCGACUUCGCGCGUGCGAAUGAAUGUUUUGCUUUGAACGUUUAUUUUUUAACGUUUAUUACUCUUCGAAUGUUUUGCUUUGAACGUUUAUUUCUCAACAACAUUUAAUGAGUUGCUGAAUAUAUUUAAAUGGACAUCUUGUGAUAAAUUGACAUAUCCGUUUGGCUAUUAAAAUUUCUACAUCUUGAUAUUAUCAUGUCAAUCUCUUAAAUGAUCAAAAAUUAAGCUGGUAUUUAACUUGUGGUAAUUAGUAUUUCUAUCGAAUUUAAUGGUAUUGUAUGACAAAAUUCAUACAAUGUACUUUGUAAGGAUUUAGUGAGUAAGAACGAUAUGGUAAUUCAUAUACAACAUGUAUAAUCACUAAUAAUGUACCAACGUAAGUAGGUAUCAAUAGAUGUAACUCGAAAGCUUGGUUCACACUUCACGGGGAUACGUUUAUUCCUGAACUGAGGAAAAGACUGAAAAUUUGAUUGCAUUAAAAAUGAAAGGUAUUGUAUAGUAACGAGGGUUCAUGAAGACUAGAGUCUAGAGGAAAGAAAAUUCUCCUUCACUGGCUGUCGAUAAACAAUCUCAGUGACGCGUCAAUCGAUCUUCCAUAUUGAAUUAUGCUUAAACCAUUUGAAUGUUUAAUUAUUGCAACAAUAUAAUAAUAUGUGUAAUAGCCGUAGAGAGUAUAAUAAUAAAUAUUGUCUUACUUCUGACCACUUCCAUCUAUAAGUUUUCCACCUCGCAAAAUCAUCUAAAUAUUCUUUAAAUAGCCUGUUUAGUCGACCAAAUCUGGUACUUAAUUAAAUUAGAAAAGUUGUUAAUAGCUUUGAGUAAACCCAAGACCUUUACAUUAAUUUUUCAUAUUAAUUGUUCACCUUGAUUUUAUAGUCGGGGGCUAUUAAUUACUGCCAUUAAUUGAAUGUACUUCGGGGGCUAUUGGAAUAAGAAUUAUUAGUCAGGUACGAGUGUUUAGGGGCCUUGACAGAAUGAUUAAAAAACUACAUCAAUUAGGACUGUGAACGGGGAAAUGGUACGGUUGAUGUUAGGUACAUGUUGGAAAGCGAUGGGUAGAGAGGAAGUGUGCCACAGACGUGAGUGCUUGAGAAGAGUUUGCAGAGAAUGAAGGUGAAGUGGUGAGUUUAAAUCCUUGGAGAGCCUGAAGUUGUGAGCGUCAGAUAAUUUAUUGAUGGGCGUAACUUGCUCAGAUCCAUCCACUGUUGGUUUUUGCGUCUCACCCAUAGUUAUUCGCGGUAUUCCUCUUAGUUCGCCUCGGUGCUACGUCACCGCCAUACUCAACCAUUUAUCGCAGGUUACCAAAUUAGCCUCACAAAGGACUAAUUAGCUGUUUGUAACUUUAGGCAUUUAUAUUAUUAAUAUUUUCUUUUUAUGUUUUUUGAUAAACUGAUAGCGUCCGCAAAAGUUGUAUACAGAAAAAAACGUUUCAUUCCACAUCUAAAUGGCAUGUAAUAAAAACAUUGUUUUAUUGGAACGGGUCACUGACUAAUUUUGUAGGCGUUUAACAUCAGGUAGAGGUUCGAUCGGGAAAUAGAAAGUAUAAAAACAAGUACAUAAAUAAGCCGUUUAUUUGAAAUCGUAUCGAGAAAACUAUCGUAAAAGCGAAUAUAGCACCUUCUCUUAUAGCAACAAAGGAGUGAAAAUUUAUUGGUUUUAUCCAAAAGAAAUCGAAAGAAAACAGAGAAAGUUAGCAAAAUAGAGGAUUCUUUGGGCACUCGGGCCGAGUUCGUUCGUCAUACAAACGAUUCGAUUCACUUACAUUAGUCGUUACGGCUGUCGAAAUGUAGCUUUAUAAUGUUUUACAGGUUAACUCAAGUAGUCAGCAUAAUAUAAAAUUUCUUUGAAAAUAUCUCUCAAGUAAGCUAUUUUUAAUCUCGUAUUCAAACAAUAUGAAACAUUAGUCGUUACGGUUGUCGGAAUUUAGAUUUAGAAUGUUUUACAGGUUAACUCAAGUAGGCAGUUAAUAUAAAAUUUCUUUGAAAAUAUCUCUCAAGUAAGCUAUUUUUAAUUUCGUAUUCAAACUGUCUAUAUUCGAGAGACGCUUUGAAAGUAGUACCGUAGUAACAGGACGCUUUGUAUGUAUGGAUGUGUGUCAGUGCGUACGAUUAAGGUUUGUAUAGUAAUUGAUGUACGAUUCCGGACGUUACCAGGUUUUUGUGAAAGGUUCCAGACUCGGGGGCGACUGACUUUAUUAUCUAGGGCAGGAUAGUAACCAAACAGGAAAUUUUGUUAAAUAAUAAAGCUAGGGCGGAAAAAUGUAAUAUACUCGUAUACGAAAAGCAUUUUAUUUGGUUAAGGAUACACUAUAAUUUUAGUAAAUAACAAUUUGAAUCAAUGAUGAUGAUGAGAUUCAAGUAACAGGAAAAUAACAAUAAUUUAAAGAGACUCUGGAAAAAUAAACGGGUCGCGUAAAAUAGCGCUUCGAGUAUUAUGACGAUAGGAUUUGAGAGUUCCAAAGGGCCCUUACUUUCGAUUAAGUCGUAUUACAUUUUCCUCUCAACAAAACUGCGGGGUGGAAAAUUAUUUAGAUGUUUCUGUAGCUACGUACCCAAAUGGCGGCUUACCGAUCCAGGUACUUAUCUACUUUAUUAUCAAUAUUUAACCAUUUAUCGACAAAAAUACAAGAAAAACCAACAAAAAAAAAUAUCCGGUAGAUGUAUGUACGUAUACACUUUGUGUCCGUCCUUAGACGGGGGUAGGAUUAAUUAUCUUUAGCUAUUAUAUCAAAUGUAAUCUAAGUAGAUGGGUAUCGAUCAUAUAAGAUACCUUCAUUUUUAUUAAUGUCUGAACGUAUAAUCGAUUUUUUGAAUGUAUUAGAACAUACAUAUUUGAUGUCCGUUGUAAUGAGAUUUACUGAAGGGUUGGUGAAAGCUGAGAAAGAAAUAUUAUAGCCUAUAUGGAAUAAUAUUAUUCGAUGACGGUUUAAAGUACCUUAUAUCGCGUAUUUUGUAGGCAAUUAUCUGAAGUAUUGUGCGGGAUAAGAUAAUCGUUUAACGCUGAGAGGGUGCGUCACGAUAUUUGUGGUUCUCAGAAAUGAAAUGUUCUCACAAAUGCGUUCACACCAUCCUACUUGAAAAUCCAUAACAAUCAAUUCCACUCAGGGCCGUCACUCUCCUUACCAACUUUCAAUACAAGGUACUUAUAAACCAGUGUGUGAUACCUACUACUACUACAGAUAUCUGUGUUUAGAAAAGCAAACGAGAUUUUGUAUCUAAGUACAAACAACAACAAGUAAGAAAUGUGUCUUGAAAUUAAAACAGGAAGACGCGGUUUUCUUUCGCAAGUAGAAAUGAAUCUGUCAGAAAAUAAGCGACUCUGUGUAUCAUUUUGACAGGGCCUAAUAAAUUCGACCAUAAAUAUAUUAUCGUAGAUGCGAAUCUUCAAUGAGCACAGAAAAAGACUAAGGCUGAGAAAGGGCAUUUUAGACAUUUUAGAAAAUGUAUUUUUAGCUAGGCAUUGAUGAUAUAAAACACCGGCCAAGUCGGACUCGCCCAAGAAGGGUUCCGUAGCAGCAAGUAUAUGACUUAAUAUAAAAGUUGUAAAAUCAUUUGGUUUUUCAUAGUGUUUGUAUGAACAAAAAAGUUAUAUUUGUGGUAUAUAUAGUAAAUGUAUUAUUUCUUAAAAACUAAUAAUGAUAUCUCGUUCAAACCAAUUUCCGAAAGUUUCCAUUUAAGUCUACAGCAUAUAUUUUUUUAGUUUUCUCAUUCUCUUAUUUUAAAAGUUUGAAGGGGGGGGGGGGGCUCUUUUUUAAAUUUUGGAAGCGUCUAUGUUUCAAACAAUUGAUUUUGACGAAAAAUGGUUUUUGAAACCUUUUAGACACCCAUCACGGUUAUGUUAGCUGAUUUUUUUUUAAUCAGUUCCUUGCUAGCUGUACCCCUCCCCUUUAAUUUUUAAAUUUAUUAAUUUUUAUUCAAAAUUCAAAUAGCGGUUACCAAAAUACAUCUACCUACAAAGUUUCAACUAUGUAAGCCUAACAGUUUCGGAAAUAAAUGACUGUGACAUACGGAUCUAUAAGGGUUUUUUCCCAUUUGGCUACGGAACCUUAAAAAGAAAUAUCUUUGUGGGCCUAACAUUUUGAAAAGAAUUUCAUUGUGUGUCAGUUUCGCCUCGUAUCAGAACGUCCUCGCGAUAUGUUGUGUAAAAUGUCUGCAAUUGAAGUGAUUUUUAUCUCAGCUCGCACCAGCCUGCUAUUAUAAAUGGUGUUGUAUUGUAAAACUGUGGAAUUAUGUUUAGAUCUUCGCAUGCACUUAACAGAAUGUAUUGCUGUAUAUGUAAUCUCAUGUUUAUUACCUAAUAAAGAAUUUUUCGUCGUA